GCAGCGAGCUUCUCCGGCUCGGAACCCGCAGCUUGCGCAGAGAGGACGGCUGGGCCGUGAGGCCGUGCCUGGCCAUGUUGCGAGGUCGAGACCUACGAGGUGUUGUGCUGGCUUUGGCGCUGGCUGCCGCGUGGCAUGCAAGAGCGCAAGCCUUCAUCAAUGCCCCGGCGGGCGUUGCACGAACUUUGAGGCCAUCUGCGGGUCCUUCCGCGGCAAAGGCGGACUAUGCUGACAGGUCUGGCUCAACGCGUUGCCUCGCCAUGUGUGCCACAGCGCUGAGCGCUGCUGCAAUGCGCGGCCGAACCAAAGCUGCGAAGCCGAAAAGCCGCGUGGUUGUGCAGGCUGUUGGCCCUUUGCCAGCUGCGCCAUCCGCGGUUUGGGUGAGCAUGGAUGCUGCUCCUGCUUCUUGUCCUUCCCCGACCAUUUGUGUGGAGACUCCGCUUCAGCCUUGCACGCCCGGAGGUGCGGCGCCUGUCUUCCAAAAGCCUCAGGAGAGCCGGCGUCGCCAGGCUGGGAGGCGCCAGCGUCGGAGCGUGGGUGCCCGGCUCCUUGCGAAAGCCUUCGCCUUCAGCCCCACGGUGUCCUUUGAACCCAGCGCCGUGCCCAUGAAGCGGCAGUUUGCCAUGCAGACCAAGUUCCACUUCCGCGCGGGCCAGGUGCGCCAGUUUGAAGGCUUCUUCUUCAGCGGCGUAUUGGAUUAUAUCGCUGUCCACGGUUGUCACAGUAUGGCUCCGUUUGCGGAUCUCUGCAAUUUCGGUAUGUCUGAAAAAGAUCUUACAUUACGAUCAAGAUGCUGAACUCAGGUGCAUCUUGGCCAAGACUGGGCAGUGGGUGCUCAGCGAGGCGACAGCUGGAUGAGAGUGUCACGUCCGCCACGCGGAUGCCAACAGCGGCCCUCUGAAAGAGCAAAGGUGCUUGCUGCGGCAGAUCUUUGCAUCUUGGGCCCAGAUGCUGGCGGCCUGCGCGCAGGCGGAUGAAUGAGGCCUAGCUAUGUGGCAUGAGGAGAAGUCCUUGCCAUUUCGCGAGAUGGCAAGGGCAACUCCGUGUGCCUGUCUUCCGACACAUGUUUAGGCCGCAUACCGUGCUGGGUUCCUUUUGUCAAUU